AUGCUAGCUUCUUCGUUGACCGUCGGUCACCAAAGGCAACGGGUGCUGCCAAGUCUUCAUCAAAAAGUAGCUUGGAAUGAUACUAAGAGCAAAGAGAAAAGAAGUUCUGUCGGAAGACCGAGGAUACUUUUAGAAGCAGUCACCCAAGGCAGACUUCGGCAGAUGCGCCUUUUACUAGACGCAGGUGUCAACGUAAACUGCAAAGAUUUGGACGAUGGACAGACAGCUUUGAUCAGAGCCAUGUUUUUGGACAACACGAAACUUCGGCGAAGGACUGCCAAGAUGUUGUUGAGUUACGGUGCAAAAGUGAAGCUGCUGGACAAGUUCGGACGGACCGCUCUGUCAUGGGCUUGUAUAUUUGGACAUGAAGAUAUGGUCAAGCUUUUUUUCAGCCAUCCUGAAGUCGAUCUUGCCUUCGGCAGCGUCGAUAUGGAUGGCAACACGAACUUGAUGUUAGCGUGCAUGUCCGGUAAUGUAAACAUUGUUAAAACGAUCUCGAAGGUCUUUAGGAGAAACAGAUUGGACGUGAACAGAGUGAACAACAGAGGAAAGAGUGCGUUGGCUAUAGCGCAUGAGAAAGAGUUUGCGGAUUGUGUAGAAGUUUUGUUAAAUGUGGGGCACGUAACUUCUCGCGCCUUGGAAACGUACUUUCUGCGUGACGCCUAUAGUGCUGGAAUAGGACAAAAGAAAAACCAGCCACACGCAGGACUAAAGCAGACUUCUUGCAAUCUACCUAAACUAUUUGGCCUGUACACAGAACAGCUUACAAAUUCGUAUCCAAGAAAGUACAGGUCUGAAAGAGGAGUUAAUUCUUCCGCUUUUUAA